AAGAAUCAAGACAUUACAGUAAACCGCAUAUUCUGGACUUGUGUUCUUUAUUUGUUCAUUCUUUAUUUCCCUUACUUUGCAUUGCUUGCCUUGUAAUUCAAAAUCAACUUGGAAAAUUUGGGGAGAUCUUUUGGAAGAAAUCUGGUCAGAUCUUGCUUUGUGGGUUGUGGAUUUUGGUGGGUCUAUUUCAAUACGAAGUUCAUCUUCUCUUCUCAAUCCAUAGGAAAACAGAGACCUAACCCAAACCCAACAAGAAAGAACAGAAAUAAAGCCUUUUCUUCUUCUUCCUUCUCUCUUCCUCUACCUAAUUGAUCUUGAAUCUUGGAAUCUUGAAUUGGUGCAAUGGUGAUGGCCACAGAUUCACAGUUUCAUGUAUUAGCUGUUGAUGAUAGCGUCAUAGACAGAAAACUUAUUGAGAAACUUCUCAAGACCUCAUCAUGUCAAGUUACUACAGUUGAUUCUGGUAGUAAAGCUUUAGAAUUUCUGGGUUUACAUGAAGAUGAUCAAUGCGAUCCAAAACAACAACCUUCUGUAUCUCCAAACAAUCAUCAGGAAGUGGAGAUUAAUCUGAUUAUUACAGACUAUUGUAUGCCUGGAAUGACAGGCUAUGAUUUACUCAGGAAAAUUAAGGAAUCGUCAUCCCUGAGAAACAUACCAGUGGUGAUUAUGUCAUCCGAAAAUGUUCCUUCAAGGAUCAAUAGAUGUUUACAAGAAGGAGCAGAAGAUUUUUUUCUGAAACCAGUGAGGUUAUCAGAUGUAAAUAAGCUUAAACCCCAUAUGAUGAAAACCAAAUUAAAGGAUCUUGAGAAGCCAUCAAAACAAGAGAAACAAGGAGAACAACCAGCAGCAGCAGCAGCAGCAGAGUCACCUCAACCACCACCACAAGCACAGUCACCUCAACCACCACCACCAGCACAGUCUCCUCAACCACCACUAGUUCAGCCACAGCAACUUCAUUCAGCAGAGCCACCACAACUUCAAGCCAAUAAUACCAAGAGGAAAGCCAUGGAAGAAGGGCUUUCACCAGAUAGAACAAAACGCAGAUAGUGAUCUCACAGUGGUCUUUAAUUGAUCAUGGAAAAUACUUUCUUUUUUUUUUUAUCUUUUUUUUCUUUGGUUUUGAACAAUGAUAUUCUCAUAACCCUUGUAGAGAAAGAGAGAUCCAUCAUUGUGAUGAGAGAGCGGUAUACAUUUUUUACAUGAAAUUUUAAUCAAUUCCAAUUUAGAUUCGCUGACUUAAAGAGAGA